GUUCUCCAUGCCGGACAAACGCCAGGGCCGCACCGGGCUGGCAGAUAACGGCUUGCUCCAGGUUAACCUCGCCACACAGAUUCUGUGCAUUACGCUUGUCACUCCGGUGGUGAUCUUGAGGCUGAUUAUCCGGAAACGGCUGUAUCAGCCGUUUAGCGUGGAAGAUGUGACCUGUUUUCUUGCCUGGCUCUUAUUCAUGGGCUAUUGUACCUGUUGUAUAAUGUACGGCUUCGCUGGGGGCGCGGACAACAUGGUCUACUUGAGUCAAGAUGAGAUCCACACCACCUUCAAAAUAUCCUACGCAUCAACAAUCAUCUACGCACCGCUAGCCAUGACAGUCAAAGUAACGCUCCUCCUCGUCCUAGCCAAAAUCUACAGACCACUUCGCGGAGCCCUAGCCGUCUACAUCAUUCUAGCCCUCAACGUCGUGUACUAUCUCAUCAUCCUGUUUGUAAAAGCAUUCAUCUGCAUGCCCGUCUCAGCGUACUGGACCAAGACGACCGGACCAGACGGGAGCGGGACAUGUCUCGACAGGCCGGCAGUGUUAAUCGCAGACUCCCUGAUCAGUGUGAUUUCCGAUAUUGCGAUCCUCGUGCUCCCGGUUGUUUUCACCUGGCCUUUGCAGAUGCGCAUGCGGGUUAAGAUCAAGGUCGUUUCGCUGCUUGGGCUCGGCGGGAUUGCGGUGGGGUUUAGCCUCUAUCGGCUGGUGCUGUUGAUUGUGGAUGGGAGUACUCCUGACAGGUCGGUUUUUUUCAUGAGAGUGCUGCUAUCUGGCAAUGCCGAAGGAGGAAUCGGUCUUAUCUGCGCUUGUCUGCCCACACUAAGCAAGUACAUAACCCUAUAUCGCCAGAACCGGCAGGCAUCAGAACACGACCAACCGCGUGAUUGUGUCAAGUUCAAUCCUAUUUUCGACGGCACUUCAAACUGGAAUAAUGGAACGCAGUUCGCGUCUUUACAGAGCCAUAUGGAGACGCAUAUCUGGCGCGGCUCGGAGGGGUCUGCGGGGGAGUUUGAGCCUGCUGCUAUGCCCCUCCAGAAAGAGAUAUCGGGAUCGACUGCAGGGAGAAGUAGCCCGUUGGAGAUUCGGACGAAUGUUAUUGUUCAUCGAGAGUCGGAGAAUAAUCCGGAAUAUUCGCCGGUGUAGGGAUUGUAUAGAUGUUAUGAUGAUAAUGUUUAUGUACAUUGCAUAAGUAUAGAGCGGUUGGGUGUCUGUAUGGUAUAAUUGCAUUUAGAUUGAAGUAUUAGGAAGAGAGCAGAGUUUUCAGGGCC